UUUCAGCACACCACUGUUCUUCCCUUCAUCAUCAUCGAGAUGCGGACCACCCACCAUCGGUACCCCAGCAGGUCGUGGGGUCUGGCGGCUGUGUGCUGUUUUGGCGUGGGAUACAUCCUCUGGACGUGUUGGGUGCACCAGGUGACAGGGGUGUGGGUGUACCCGGUGCUGGAGCGCAUCACUCCGCUGGCUCGAGUCGUCUUCUUCAGCGCCAUGACCGCGGUGAUUUGUAUUUUCUACACCCUUGGAGAAAUCCUCAACAGCUACAUCUGGGACCAGCCACAGACAG